AUGGGAGAAAUGAAAAUUAAUAUUAAGUCGGAAACAAAAUAUAAUAAAGUAGUAAAACAUAUUCAGGAUAAAUGGAAACUUGUGCCUGCCUUCCUCAAGGGCAAAGGUUUAGUUAAGCAACAUAUUGAUUCUUUUAACUACUUCAUAAAUGUGGAGAUAAAAAAAAUUAUAAAAGCAAAUGAGAAAGUACUUAGUGAUGCGGAUCCUUUAUUUUAUGUAAAAUAUUUGAACGUUCAUGUAGGUCUACCAGAUGUUGAGGAAGGUUUUAAUGUAACACGUUCUACUACUCCACAUGAAUGUCGUUUAAGGGAUUUAAAUUAUUCGGCUCCAAUUACAGUUGAUAUUGAAUAUAUAAGAGGUCACCAACCAAUAAUCAAAAAUAAUUUACUGAUUGGCAGAAUGCCUAUUAUGUUAAGAAGUUCAAAUUGUGUAUUAACUGGUAAAUCGCAUUUUGAAUUGUCAAAGAUGAAUGAAUGUCCACAUGAUCCUGGUGGUUAUUUUAUAGUGAAUGGUCAAGAAAAAGUAAUUUUGAUACAAGAACAAAUGCUUAGAAAUAGAAUUAUUUUAGAGGAAGAUAGUAAGGGAUGUAUUGUAGCAUCUUGUAAUAGUUCCACUCAUGAAAGAAAAACCAAGACUAACAUAGUAGGAAAAGCUGGAAGAUAUUACAUGAGACAUAACAUUUUUCAAGAUGAUAUACCUGUGACAAUAAUAUUUAAAGCAAUGGGGAUUGUGAGUGAUCAAGAAAUUAUGCAACUUAUUGGUACAGAAGAAGAAUUUAUGAAAAAGUUUGCACCCACUUUAGAAGAAUGUCACGUUUUAAAUGUAUUUGCUCAAAAUCAAGCAUUAAGGUUUCUUAGCAAUAAAAGAAAGCAAAAAAGGUAUUCAGUCAUAAAAGCUAGUGUUACGGAUGAAAUGAAGGAUAUAUUGGCAACCAAUAUUUUGUCGCAUGUUCCUGUUAUAGAUUUUAAUUUUAAAAUGAAGGCAACCUACAUUGCUUUAAUGAUUCGUAAAGUUAUGAAAGCACAAUCUGAUGGAAAACUUAUAGAUGAUAGGGAUUAUUAUGGAAAUAAACGAUUAGAACUGGCUGGUUCUUUAUUGUCUUUGAUGUUUGAAGAUUUAUUUAAAAGAUUUAAUUGGGAGUUAAAACAAAUAGCUGAUAAAAAUAUACCAAAAAUUAAGGCUGCACAAUUUGAUAUUGUAAAACAUAUGAGACAAGACCAAAUUACCAAUGGAUUGGCUUUUGCCAUAUCAUCUGGUAAUUGGACGAUUAAACGAUUUAAAAUGGAACGGCAUGGAGUUACGCAAGUGUUGUCUAGACUUUCUUAUAUUUCUGCACUUGGUAUGAUGACACGUGUUAAUUCUCAAUUUGAAAAAACCAGGAAAGUAUCUGGUCCCCGAUCUUUGCAACCAUCUCAAUGGGGAAUGCUCUGUCCUAGUGAUACUCCUGAAGGGGAAGGUUGUGGUUUAGUUAAAAACCUAGCUCUUAUGACACAUAUCACAACAGAAAUUGAUGAAGAACCAAUUGUUAGAUUGGCUUUUAAUUUAGGAGUUGAAAACGUUAAUAUACUUGGUGGAGAAGAAAUCAAUAAUAAAAAAGUUUACAUGGUAUUUUUAAAUGGCAAUAUCCUGGGUAUAGUAAAGAAUUAUCAGAGACUAGUAAAUGUUUUUAGAUUAUUACGACGGAAAGGUCUAAUUAAUGGUUUCGUUUCUAUACAUACACAGCACCAGCAUAGAUGUAUUCAAAUUAGUUCUGAUGGAGGACGAUUAUGUAGACCAUACAUUAUUGUACAGAAUGGUAAUCCACUAAUACAAGAAAAACAUAUAAAACUACUUGAACAAGGAAUACGAAGUUUCGAAGAUUUUUUACAAGAAGGUUUAAUUGAAUAUUUGGAUGUGAACGAAGAAAAUGAUAGUUCUAUUGCAUUCAAUGAAUCACACAUUAAUGAGAAGACAACACAUUUAGAAAUUGAGCCAUUUACAUUACUUGGUGUUUGUGCUGGUCUAGUACCAUAUCCACAUCACAAUCAAAGUCCAAGAAAUACUUAUCAAUGUGCUAUGGGAAAGCAAGCAAUGGGAACUAUUGGUUAUAAUCAACGUAAUCGUAUCGAUACAUUGAUGUAUAAUUUAGUUUAUCCUCAAACACCUAUGGUUAAAUCCCGAACAAUAGAACUAAUAAACUUUGAUAAACUACCUGCUGGUCAAAAUGCAACAGUAGCUGUUAUGUCUUAUAGUGGCUACGAUAUUGAAGAUGCUCUUAUUUUAAACAAGGCUUCAAUUGAUAGAGGAUUUGGUAGAUGUUUAAUAUAUCGAAAUGCAAAAUGUACAUUAAAAAGAUACGCAAAUCAGACAUACGAUCGAAUAAUGGGUCCAUUGAUUGAUUCCAAUACAAAGAAACCUGUUUGGAAACAUGACAUAAUCGAUAGUGAUGGAAUUGCUGCACCUGGAGAAAUGGUGGAAAAUAGAAAGGUAAUGGUAAAUAAAUCAUCGCCGGCCGCAAAUAUAGGUCCAGUGAAUGCUGGUAAUGUUCAAACGCAAACAGAAUACAAAGAUGUCCCAGUUGUUUUUAAAGGACCUGUUCCUGCUUAUGUUGAGAAGGUUAUGAUUUCCAGUAAUGCAGAAGAUGCAUUUUUAAUUAAAUUAUUAUUGCGACAAACUCGACGACCUGAGAUAGGUGACAAAUUUAGUAGUCGACAUGGACAGAAGGGUGUAACUGGAUUAAUUGUGGAACAGGAGGAUAUGCCAUUUAAUGAUUAUGGUAUAUGUCCUGAUAUGAUAAUGAAUCCACAUGGUUUUCCUUCACGUAUGACAGUUGGGAAAUUGAUAGAAUUACUUGCUGGUAAAGCUGGUGUUAUAAAAGGAGAAUUUCAUUAUGGCACAGCAUUUGGAGGUUCAAAAGUUAAAGAUGUUUGUAACGAAUUGGUAAAGCAUGGUUAUAAUUACUUGGGCAAAGAUAUCUUCUACUCUGGUAUUACAGGAGAACCAUUACAAGCGUAUAUUUAUUCUGGACCAGUAUAUUAUCAAAAAUUGAAACAUAUGGUACAAGAUAAAAUGCAUGCUCGAGCACGAGGACCAAGAGCUGUGUUAACGCGUCAACCAACGGAAGGUCGGGCCAAAGAAGGUGGUUUAAGAUUAGGUGAAAUGGAACGGGAUUGUUUAAUCGGAUAUGGUGCUAGUAUGAUGUUAAUAGAAAGACUCAUGAUAUCCAGUGAUGCAUUUGAUGUUGAUGUAUGUAACAAAUGUGGCUUGAUGGCAUAUAGUGGUUGGUGUCACAGUUGUCGUUCUAGUUCAUGUGUUUCUACGAUUUCUAUGCCCUAUGCUUGCAAGUUACUUUUCCAAGAACUUCAAUCUAUGAACAUUGUACCUCGUUUAACAUUAAAAAAUUAUUGUGAGUAGUUUGAAUCAAGGUUACUGAUAUUCAUAUGUAAAUACAAGGUAACCCAGUUAAAUGCGAUCGCCUAAAUAUCUGCCUAAAUAAUUAAAUAUUACGUCACUUUACAUUAUGUUCUAUUGUGGAAAUGUGAUCCUUGAAAUAGCUUAAGAUAUUCAGGUGAUUCCAUUUAACUGGGACAUUCUAUAUAUUCACAGUAUCUGUGUGUGUAAUUUAAUUUUGCUGAAAUAUUGAUAAAAGUAUUUUUUAUUCGUUAAGUUACUUAUAAAAAUAUAUAAGGUAAUUAUUUUUUACUGGAAGACAUUAAAACAUAGAUUUCUUUGAAUCAAUUAAAUCAUAUCAUUUGUAGUGUA